AUGGCGAAGAAGCGAAAGCAUGAAUCUGAUGUGCCAGUGCAAGCAAACGGAAAGCUACCAGAUACCUCCAAACCUACAGCUGUCUACAGGCCCACUGGGGGACGCACGAAUACUAUAAGCGUAGCUCUACCGGGUAGUAUCAUUGCAAAUGCACAAUCUCACGACCAGAAAACCUACCUCGCCGGCACAAUUGCCAGGGCGUUAGCAGUAUUCUGCGUCGACGAAGUCAUCAUUUUCGAGGAUGAACCUCACCGCGCAUCAAAAGGCUCGAUCCAAGACGAUGUCGACCAGGACAGAUACACAGCCUUCUCCGACCCCUCACACUUCCUCGCCCACAUCCUAUCGUACCUAGAGACGCCCGCCUACCUCCGGAAAGCCCUUUUCACGAUGCACCCCAACCUUCGCACAGCAGGCACACUCCCUAGCCUCGAUAUGCCGCAUCACCUCCGGUCCAAUGAGUGGUGCGAGUACCGUGAAGGCGUGACCAUCGACGAGCCAACGAGACAUGGCAGCAAAGUUGAUGUUGGGCUUCCCCAGCGGUACACUAUCCCCGCUGUACAGAUCCCGCCAAAGACGCGCGUGACGUUGCAUCUGAGUGAGAUGAGCACUGAAGCCGAGGCUGUAUCUCCCUCUGAGCCCAAGGAGGAGGCGGGCUAUUAUUGGGGUUAUUCUGUCCGGAGGUGUUCGUCGUUGUCUACUGUCUUCACCGAGUGUCCCUAUGAUGGAGGUUAUGAUGCUUCGUUUGGCACUUCGGAGCGGGGGAAGCUCAUCUCAGAGGUUUGGGAGAGCACACCGGCUAAGCCUGAGCAUAUGCUUGUAGUGUUCGGGGGUGUGGCUGGGCUCGAGGCAGCCGCAGAGGCUGAUCCCGAGCUUAGCGCUAAAGGUAUUACUUCUGGAAAUGUCAGUGAGUUGUUUGAUUACUGGAUCAAUGUCCUGCCGGGACAAGGGAGCCGCACAAUUCGGACUGAAGAGGCGGUAUGGUUGAGUUUGAUGGACUUGAGGGAUCUUUUUCAUGUCGCGCAUGGUGGUUGA